CACGACCCACGAGCUGUCUGUCUGUCUGUCUGUCAUCCGAAGUCCAAAGCUAGCUGAAGGCACAACACUUCAACUCGCAGUCCGGUUCAGGGAGAAGAGUCCAUCAUCCAAGGUAGUAGUAGCAGGCAAGAUGGAGUUCCAAGGGCAGCACGACAACCCCGCCAACCGCGUCGACGAGUACGGCAACCCGUUCCCGCUGGCCGGCGGCAUGGGGGGAGCGCACGCCGCUCCCGGCACCGGCGGGCAGUUCCAGGCCCGCAGGGAGGAGCACAAGACCCGUGGGAUACUGCAUCGCUCCGGCAGCUCCAGCUCCAGCUCGUCCUCCGAGGACGACGGCAUGGGCGGGAGGAGGAAGAAGGGCAUGAAGGAGAAGAUCAAGGAGAAGCUCCCCGGCGGCCACAAGGACAACCAGCAGCACAUGGCGACGGGGACUGGAACCGGAGGAGCAUACGGGCCGGGAACUGGAACUGGUGGAGCCUACGGGCAGCAAGGGCACGCAGGAAUGGCCGGCACCGGCGAGAAGAAGGGGAUCAUGGACAAGAUCAAGGAGAAGCUGCCGGGACAGCACUGAGCCGCCGGCUCCGGCUGGCUGCUUUCUUUGCAUAGCUACGCGUCGAAGCCUUCCAGUUCCACGUGAUCUUCAUUCAAUAAUAAGAUGAAGCUGAACGAAACGUUGCCUCUGAUUUCAUCUGUGUCGGGGACACUUUUCUGUAUACAGCGUGCGUUGUGUUUAUGUUUGUGUGUUCUUGUGUCUUCUUGCUGAAAAAAAAUUCAGAAUACAAGUGAACUUGUUUCGGUU